AUGUUCAGGGGAGGACAGUCCAUACCACUGGAAAUGCAACCCUUGUCUCAGUCGAGUCGUACCAGUGACACAAACGAUCACCCAUCGUCCCCAAAUCUGGUGGCCGACCCAUGCUCUCGGCGCGUCGUCUUAACAGGCUCAUGUCGGGACGACUGCAGGUUGAGGGGGAAAGCACCGGUGACUGUCGGGAGGUCGCGUACAGAUGGCAGAGUGUCUUCAACUCAAAACAGCAGCACGUGGAGAAAUUCAACUGAGUUUGGGAAUCUGUACAGUCGGGAUGGGAUGCCGUCGGCAGUGUCAACGUGUGGAGGCCUAACACGAUCUACCACAAUUUCCUCCUCUAAUCUUGGGGGAGUUACGCCACAGUUCUUCGCUUCCGGUGUAUUUUUGCAGAGUGUUGACACUUACAUUGGCGAGCUUCCCGCAGCUGAAGGAAGCGUUGAGGGACAUGAGGUGAUUCCGGCGUUGCUGUGUGCAAGAGAGCCACAGGAUGUGGUGGUCAUUGAUGAAAAUGACCCGAUAUGGUGUGACCUUCUAGCUCUAGGUGGUGGUGCCGAAAGCCUCGAGAUGACCCAGAAUACCGUUUCACGACUAAUGAGUAUGGAGGCUGUACCUCGAUUACCUCUGUUGCCUCUAACCGUGGAACAUAUGGGGUAA